AUGAUGUUUGCUCGACGUCUCCAGCAGCUUCGGACGCUUGAUUCAGAAGAUUGGAGCAAUCUCGGUACCGAACUUCGCAAUAUAUCGAGGGAAAACGGACUGGAUGGUGAUAUGCCGGACACCAAGCUACUGAAAGAUUUAGGUUAUGGCUCAUUAGUCAUGGCUAUACGCAAGAAACACGGAGGCGUCGUGGAAGUGGCCGCGAAAAUGGGUACUCCCAAGGUCGAACAGGUCGUCGACGUGCACAAGAAAGUGAGUGCGCGAGCUAAGCGUCGCCAGAAGCGACAGGAGCGACUCAACAAACACGACUUUUACUGA